AUGGAGGGGUAUAUAAGGGCGCAAUGAGAGAGAAAUUGGAAGAGUUUAUUAGCAGCAACUUUAUCGUGUAUAAACCGUAGGAGUUUCUUAAAGAAAAAUAAUAAUAUUUAAGUUUUAUAACACUAUGAUUUUAAAAAAAAUAACCAAACCAUUUAGUAAAUGCAUUUGAGGUUUUCACCAGGUUUUCAACGUUCUGAAAUGAAAACCAUGUUCUCUUCUGUUUCAUCCUUUCAUAUUAUUUUAUUUGUUUAAAUCGUGAGAUAGUCUCUUGAUAGUUGAGUGUUCUAACCCUUGUUCGGAAACUCGCUAGGCGCUACGCGUGCGGCACACUAGGGCCUAGCGAUUUAUUAGAAAAUCGGAAAAAAAAUCGGGGAGUACGCGGUGAGGAAUUUUUAUACUUUUAUAUGUAUAAUACCUUAUUUAUAUGUAUAAUACAAAAUAUUCUUGGUACUGAAAUUAUAUAUUUGUAAAUACAUACCAAUUUUUUUCACAACAAUACAAUUAUAUUAUUUACAAUUCAAAUCUAGUACUACAAAAUAUAAAAACAAAUCACUUAUAGGAGAAAAAAAGUUGUUGGAACACUUCCAUAAUGAAAAUAAUGGGGUCAAAUACUAACAAUAAAUACUUUAUAGGGAUCAAUAUGCAAAUUUACAUGAAACAAUUGUCACGUGUUACCUAGCUACUGACACCACACGCUUCAACAAUAACUUUAUGACCAGAGUUACCUUCUUCUUCUUCUUCUGUAUUUUUUAGUGAUUUUAUUUUGACUGAAUCUUGUUCUUAUGUUAAAUACACAUAAACCGAAUCACGGGCAAAGAAAAAAGCUUUUGUUUCAGGCCAGUCCUCUCACCAAAAAUGCUUUGUCAGCGUCCGUUAACUAUCAAUGAAACGAAGAUUCACUGUUGAAUAACCGAUUUCUAACCAAGCAAUUUUGUCCAUUACGCGGCCGAAUUUUAUAAAUCUACACAGUCCACGCUCGUUACUCGGCUCACCGCGUAAUGCAACCGAAGUGGCCCAUUUCGCCACGGUGCCUAACCGAAUCACGUGUAAUCGGCCGAUUAAACGUCUCCACGGCCGAUUUUUAGAACAAGGGUUCUAACUUAAGAAGAAAAGUAUUCUAUAUACAUAAUUAUCUUUUAAAAUAAUUUUUCUAGGUUUGUUGACAAAAAAAAAAGAUUUUUUAAUUAGGUUUACCUUUGACUUUUUAGUAGAUUUGUGGCUAGGUUAUAUGAAUUAUGUACAUAAUGACAACUAAUUCAUGCAGAAAACUCUACCUUGAUGAUCAAUAAUAUUAAUGCAAAUCACAAACCGUCAACCUACAAAAAAUCGCAUAAAUAUAAAUAUAUAAGAAUAAAUGAUUAUCAAUCACUGAAAAUCUAACUACUUACAAGGUUAGUUAUUCUUGACAAGCACAUUCUGGAUGACACAUAUAAACCUAAUAGUCCGAGAUUAAUAUAGCAUCAAUAGAGAAUUGAACUCAGAACUAGUUCUCUAUAAACUUCCUACAAAGAAAAGCAUAAUUAAAAAUGUUUUCAUUUUGUAAUGGUAUUUUGAAAGCAAAUAUCACGCGGUAUGUAGGAAAUAAGAGCAAAUUUAGAGACAAGUCCAUAAUGGAAAUAGGGGAAAAAAAACAAAUAUAUGUAUAUAUAUAUAUAUAUAUAUAUAUAUGUGUAUAUAUAUAAUGUGAAAGAAUUCAUACAAAAUAAAAUUGAAACUCUUGUAGGGACCUGAUAUAGCAUUUCCCUACAUUGUCUCCCUUUUGUGUCUUUAUCUAGACAUAACUCUACAAAACAAUACAAGUAUUGCCCGUUUUCUCUUCCCCUUCAUAUACACUCUUCAUCAGAUUUGUCUCUACUGAAACUUCCAAUUUCAUUACAACUACUAUAUAUACAUAUAAAUCAAAGAACAUAUUAUAUAUUCGUUUUGUCACAACUGCAGAUUGAAAACGAAUAAAUUACAGCGAUAUCACAUGACUUUUUUACAACUAGAAUUAUCAACACUUAAUUUACAGAAAAAUGAUUUUAUCAAAAAAAAAAAAAAAAAUUUACAGAAAAAUGAUUGUAGUUCGGUGGUUCUAUAUUUUUCUUGGUUUAAAUUGAGAACAAAUUUUGUUUGAGGGUAUAGCAUGGUUUAUAUGACAGUUAUCCCGGGUGACGAUCUGAAUUGUAAUCUGAAAUGUCGGUCAUCCCAAAUUUUAGUCCCAUUCGGAAAACCACCUUAUAUUGUUUUAUGAUUUAUGGUAGGUUUGGUUAAAAUCCGGCUUGGUUCAGUAGUUUUUGUUAGUUAGGUUUUCUUGAAUGCUAUAAAACGUUUUUAAUAAUAGAUUCACAUUUUAUGUAUAUAAUAAAUAAGCGUAUGAAAAAUAUAAAGAUAUAGCUAAGAAAUAUAAUAAAUAUCCCCCAUGUGAAAGUUUGAAAAUGAAAACAAAUACUUGGGAUGGAGUCUAAUUUUUUGUUUGUUUAAUUGAUAGUAUCAAAUCCAUGUAAGUUCCACGUACUUCUUUUCCUUUUCUGUGCAGCAUUUUUUUUCCAGCUUUCUCUGUUCAUUUAAAUGUGAUGAAUCAAUCAGUAUCAUCAAACAUUUUUCAUCUUUGGCUUUGUGAAUAUUCCAGUCUAGUUAAUUGCAAACUUUCCGUGGUAGUAACCCCAGUAUCGUGUAUAAAUUAAAAAGUGAUUGAAAAGGACUCAUAUAUUGGCAGCAUCUACACUAUUUUGUCAUCAGUGACUUAAAAAAAUCAGGUGAACUUUCUAAAAAGUUAUUUGUUUGCAUCUGUAGAACAUUUAUUUUAGAGAAGCACAAGCUAAGCUUGUCGUAGAAACAUCAACUAGAACAUCUAAAUGCGUGAUAAGUAACCAAGACAACUUCUGUAACAUCUGAUCUGAGGGUACGUAUGACCAUAUGAUUAAUUAAGAAGUAGCCAAUAUUUUUUUUCUGUUUAUUCAAACGGACACAAUACCUUCAAUCAAAAUAUCCUAACAUUUGGGUUUAGGAUUUAAAAAUAUGAACUCUUUAAACAUGUUAGUUCAAAUUUUGAAAUAUAGCAUAUAUAUGUGGUGUUCAAAAAAAAAGCAUAUAUGUGUAUAUAUAUGUACAUGCGGUACAUCUCCUCAUUCGACAAAUAAAUAUACUAUUGUAUGGAAAAUCAGAUGAACAAAUGAAAAAACUUGGAGAAAUGUGAAAUAAGUCUGAUUAAUCAUUGAUCGGUUCAAAUAUUACAACGGAAGACGUUAUUUUAUAUACAUUAUUUAGUUUCUUCAAAUUUGCUUUCAAUUUUCAAGUUUUUUAAAAACGAUUUGAUUUGUUUUGUUUCAAAGAUUUUGUAAGAUAUUUCAAGAAAGUUACAAAAAAAGAUAUUUCAAGAAACAACGACAAAUAGAAAUAAAUAUGAAAGACGAUCUUUCUGUCGACAAAUUGGAAAAUAGGUUUACGAGUUUGGCUUCAACUGAAACAUUAAACAGGGGAGAGAUAAAAUUGAAUUUGUAUCUUAUAUGAAAAACGUUAAAAGUGACACUAUUUGUGAAAAGAGAAUAGAGAAGUAAAGUAAAAACUAAACCCCAAAUGUAGAAGAUGUGAUUUUGUCGUAUUUAUAGAAUUUAACCUAUCAAGAAAGAAAGAAAGAAAACAAAAAUAAGAGUGUGUGUAGGGACAAAGGAGCAGGAGACAGUGAGAGAAUUAGUCAGGUGGAAUAAUGGGACAACACUUAGCUGUCCUGAAUUGGCGUGCCUGAAUUGGCGUGUCUGUUGUGGUUAUAACUUAUAUGUAUACAUGAUCCCUCACGUUCUUCCUUACGCCACGUCCGAUUCAUCAACCCACUUUUCUACUCUUGACUUAACCAACACAAAUUACCUAUAUGGAUAAAUUUAGAUACGUGUUAACGGCAAUGAACAUAUCUAUUAUUUGUUGUUGAAUGAGUCUUAUAGUUGGGUUCAGUGCCCAGACAGUAGAAGACAUCAACGUGGAUAUAUAUCUGGAGCCUCACUAACCACACAGUUUGAUUGUAUGAGACUAAUUUGAUUGUAUAUAUGUAUUUAGGUUGCAUGACAAAUUAAUGUGGUUUAAACGUGAUAUUCUAAACGACGAUUUUCUUAAAUAGUUAUUUUUAAGUUUUUGUCACAAAAAUAAUUUUUGGGAAAGAAAAGACCAAAAUAGCAUGUUUGUCUUAAACUUUUUAAAAUUUAUUUUUUAUUUUUAAAAUUUUGAAAUUCUAUCCCAAAACUCCACCCUUUAACUCUAAACACUAAGUAUAAAUUAGUUAACCCUAGAGUAAAAAUAUAUUUUUACCUUUUAAUAAAAUUUAUUUUGGUCAUUUUCUUCAUUGAGUACUAUUUUGUGAAAAUAAACUAAAAAAGUCAGUGGAAGCUCCCUUAGUCCAAUUGUUUAACUAAGAGUUCAUUAAUGCUUUUACACCAGCAGAUCCAGUUUUAGCGAUUUAUCAAAUAAUAAUGCAGGCUACAGAGAAAUGACUUACAAGGGAUCUUCAACAUGGUGCAAGUAAACUCGGUCAGGCGUGAUCUUCGUAAGACGGUUCUGCAAUUAGGCGUAUAUCCUUAUAAGGCAGAUAGUAUUGUCGGUUCUUGGAUCGUCUAUGUAAUAUUUCUUAUAAUUGUAAUAUCAUAAUUAAUCAGCGUUAAAAAAAAAACAAAAAGUCGAAUUUCUCUAUUUUAAAUACUAAACAUAAAUGUAAAAUAUCUGAAAAGUUGAAUUUUGUUAUCUUAAACUGAAUUGAGAUUAUAUGCUUUGAAAACUGAUUACUCAUAUUUUUAUACCUUCGACAGUUACAUGUAUAGAACAAAUAUAAUACAGACAAACCUUUAGAGAAUAUUACAAAAGAGUUGAUUUUGUAAGGUAGGUAUGAUAUGAGGUGCGUAGUUACAAGGCUAAGUUAGUCACCGCUUCAGGUGAUAGAAUUUAGAUUUUUUCUUUUCCUAAACUUACAGAAUUUGAGUUUGAAGUGGUUAGGUUUGUAAAUGAUUAGCCAAUCUUUAAUGGUAAAAUAUAUUAUGAUUCUUUUAACAACAUCCCGAAUGAAAUGCGAAUGGAAGAAGAUAAUUAGUUCUAAUGGUUGUCAAAAUUAAGGUUCGGUUUCUUGUUCCGCAAGCUAUAUAGAUUUUUAUCUACGAAAUUUGCUGUCACAGUUUCUGUUUCUUUUGUUUCUAAAAAGUGUCUACCAGGUAACAAAGAUAGAAAACUUGUAACAAAUGUAAGCGUUUGAGUCAACCCUUCUUCCUUCCAUGUCUUUAUCUCGCUCAUUCUCAAUCUGGCAUUUCUGUCAACUUAUCCUCCAUUAGAGACCCGAAACCGAGGCUUUAAUAGCGUCAUGGGUCUCUGUUUCUCUUCACCUAAGACCACCGGACAUGGAACCAAUCACCCGAACCCUAAUCCGCCAAGAGAUAUACCUAAACCGCAACCUCAGGCGAAGGGGAGAGAGAAGGUUUGUAAUAAAAACAAGAAGAAGACGAAGAACAACAAAAUCCAAUGGAGGCACGUAGGAGGGAACCCGUUUGGUAAGCGCAUCGAUUUUGGAUACGCGAGGGAUUUCGAUAAUAGAUACACCAUCGGGAAAUUGCUAGGACACGGCCAGUUUGGUUUUACUUACGCUGCCACCGACAACAACAACGGUGAUCGUGUCGCGGUCAAGAGAAUAGACAAGGCCAAGGUAAAAAUAUUUUUGGAUUCACAUAUCUAUUUGGAAACCUAAAAGUCCAAACUUAAAUUAUUUGAUGCUUAGCGUCCAAGUACGCUCUAUUUUCAAGAUUUUUUAAUUAAAUUUCUUGGAGCCAAUAUGGUUUGUGUAAUUUGGUGGCAGAUGACUCAACCGAUUGAAAUCGAAGAUGUGAAGCGAGAGGUUAAGAUACUACAAGCUUUAGGUGGGCAUGAGAAUGUGGUUAGGUUUCACAAUGUGUUUGAAGACAAAAGCUAUGUGUAUAUAGUGAUGGAGUAAGACACAAGUUAUUCUCUCUCUUUAAUCAUCAUUUUCUUUCUUGUGUUACAAGAAUCUGAAACCAACCCAUGGAUUUUUAGGUUAUGUGAAGGUGGUGAAUUGCUAGAUCGAAUAUUAUCAAAGUACGAGUAAUAAUAGUUAAGAAGAAUGCUUAGACUUUCGGUAGAUUAUUAUCAAGUUAAUUUAUGUGUAUUACCAGGAAAGAUAGCCGUUACACCGAGAAAGAUGCAGCGGUUGUGGUGAGACAAAUGUUGAAAGUUGCAGCUGAGUGUCAUUUACGCGGUCUGGUUCACCGUGAUAUGAAGCCAGAGGUAGGUAUGGUUUGAUCUGAUGCCUCAAAGUUGUAGAUUCAUGGUAAAAGAAUCUUCCUCAUCUAACAAGAGUUUUGUCCUUCCACAGAACUUUCUGUUCAAAUCGACAGGAGAAGAUUCUUCUCUUAAGGCUACAGAUUUCGGUUUGUCAGAUUUCAUAAAACCAGGUAAGUGUUUCAACUCUUUGUCUCUUCUCAAAAUGAUGAUAUGUUAUGGAGACGGGCUUUAUGAAAAAUAUGGCAGGAAUGAAGUUCAAGGACAUAGUAGGAAGUGCGUAUUACGUUGCACCUGAAGUGUUGAAACGUAGGUCAGGACCUGAAUCAGAUGUCUGGAGUAUAGGUGUCAUCACUUACAUUCUUCUCUGCGGAAGAAGACCCUUCUGGGAUAAGACACAAAACGGGAUAUUCAGUGAGGUGUAGUAGUCACUAACCAAUCUAUGAUACGUAUGUUCAUGGAGGUGUUUAUACUUGACUUGAAAACAACAGGUCAUGAGAAAGAAACCUGACUUCGAAACAACCCCGUGGCCAACCAUAAGCGAUGGAGCCAAAGAUUUCGUGAAGAAGUUGUUAGUAAAGGAGCCGAGAGCACGGUUAACAGCAGCUCAAGCACUAUGUAUGUGAUUCUUCAUAGCCAUUAAUGUUUUUGGUUAUAUUUACUGAUCUUGUGGUUGUGGUUUUGCAGCACACUCAUGGGUGAGAGAAGGAGGCGAGGCUUCGGAGAUUCCAAUAGACAUAUCUGUUCUUGAAAACAUGCGUCAGUUUGUGAAGUUCAGCCGCCUUAAGCAGAUUGCUCUGAAGGUAAUCAAGAAGACACAACAGAGAUUGUGUUUCAUAUUCAUAUGAGUUUUUACUUUAACUGAGGCGUGUUUUUAAAAGGCUCUAGCGACGACAAUCGAUGAGGAUGAGCUGGAUGAUCUCAGAGACCAGUUUGAUGCCAUUGACAUUGACAAGAACGGUUCCAUUAGCCUUGAGGAGAUGAGGCAGGCUCUUGCGAAAGAUCUUCCUUGGAAGCUUAAGGAUGCAAGAGUAGCUGAGAUUCUUCAAGCAAUAGAUAGCAACACUGAUGGGUUGGUGGACUUCACUGAGUUUGUGGUUGCUACUUUGCAUGUGAACCAACUAGAGGAGCAUGACUCUGCCAAGUGGGAGCAGAGGUCAAGAGCAGCAUUUGAAAAGUUUGACGUAGACAGAGAUGGGUUUAUAACACCAGAGGAACUAAGAUUGCAAACGGGUUUGAAAGGCUCCAUAGAACCACUUCUUGAAGAGGCUGACGUCGAUGAAGAUGGGAGGAUCAGCAUCCAUGAGUUUCGCAGACUCUUGAGAUCUGCAAGCCUCAAGCCAAGAACUGUCAAAAGCCCUCCUGGUUACCAGCUUUCUAGAAAGAUGUAAAUUACUUAACACUUACAAACAAAUAGAAACAUGAAUAUUUUAUUGCCUCUCAUAUACAGAAAACAUUGUUUAUAGUAGUCACCAUCUGUUUUUCUUUUUCUUUUUCUAUCAAAUCAAGAAAAUUGUAUAUAGGCUAUAUGUGAUUUGAAUAUUGGAUACUGAAGAUCACCCAUAUGGUCUUAAGGUUUGGGAAUGUUA